AUGAAUAAAAUUACUAUCAAGAAAAAAAUCCCUUCUGACAUCUUGAAAGAGAAGAAGAUGGUUAAAAUUACUAUCAAGAGAGAAAUCCCUUCUGACAUCUCGAAAAGGAAGAAGAUGAAGAAGAUUACCAGGUGCAGUUCAGUAAACGCUAAAGAAAUUCAUGCUGAUAUUGCGUUCGAAGUGCUAACUCGGCUACCCAUCAAGGCCUUGGACAGAUUUAAGUGUGUAUCGACAUCUUGGUCUUCGAUGAUCCGUCAACAUGAAUUCAUGAAAGCUCAUAGGCCUUGCGGUGGUAUACUCAUCCAUCUUUUGCCCGACUAUUCUCGCUUGAAGGGCCUCUAUUACGCGUCCCUAAAUGGGAAGAAUGAAGUGUUCGCUCAUCGAGUGCGUUUGCCUUAUUUUGGUUAUAAGGAUAUUACUCCCGUUAUAAAUGGCCUUGCUUGCCUAUACACGGGUCAUCAAGUUUCACUUUUUAAUAUAUCUACUCUUGAACUUAUGGAGCUUCCCACCUCAAGUUUACGCGGUGAAGGGCUUAGUGUUUGGUAUGCUCUCGGUUUUGAUACUGUGGAUAAUCUGUACAAAUUGCUUAAAGUGAGUAGUACAGUUGCCAAUCGACUGGUCUACAAGAUCCUCACUCUUGAGACAAGUUCACGAUCGGCAUGGAGAUGGAGAGAGAUCGCUCAGGAAGGUUUGCCUUGGUUUUCCACUGUUGCUGAUCAAAGUUACUUUGUGAAUGGUACAAUCUAUUGCAAGUUUAGAACUCCGAACUUCCACGAGAAUGGGGAACAAUAUCUUCUCGCCUUUGAUGUCCACCAAGAGCAUUUCACAAUUUUCAACCUACCACGCGUGCCCUCACAUAUAUUCUCAAUAUUUAAGCGCAGUUUCAUACUAUUUGGUCAAUUUGAAGGGCGCCUAGCCGUAGCACGUGUUAAGAAGACACAGUUUGAGACGGUUUUGGAACUUUGGGCGUUAGAAGAUGAUCAAAACUCUAUAUGGAGCAAGCACAAUAUAGACUUGCCUGAUGAACUCCUUAGAUACUUUCAUAAGGUCAAGCCUAUUGGGAAUCUUUCUUCCGGUGAGUUAUUGCUUUGCGGUUCAAGUGACUAUCGCCAAACGAACCCGUUUUAUGUUUAUGAUCCCGUCAACAAGAAAUUUACAGAAUUGAUGAUUGAGCAUCCCAACUCACUAGACUCGAUAGGUCUAUGUAGUACUCACAUAACUUGUCUUAUGGAGAAGAUAACCCCACUGAAUGAUUUGGUCGGGUUAAGAAAGAAUGUUUAA